GCGUGUGUGCGUGUGUGCGUGUGUGUGCGUGUGUGCGUGUGUGUGUGUCGACGGGGGCGGUGUCGUGUAGUCGACGGAGGAAGUAUGCCACCGAGAGCGAGAGACGGAGUGUCGCUCAUACAACAAGAGUAGGACCAGAAGCUCUCUGCGACCAGACGGACUCCGACUCAGUAGCCUGAACAUCUGGAAUAGGAAAACACGUUACAGCUGGAGUCCCGCGUUCGGAGGGACAGCUGAGAGGCGAUAUCUCUGAUGGAGCAACUCCGAACUCUGUGGGUUCUGCUCUUUACUACAGUCUGCAGCAACAGUGUGUCAUCAGCCUCCCCCCGCCGGCCGGACCACCUGAAGGCCAGCCGAUGGGAUGGUGAGCAGACGGUGGUUUGGGACCCCCCUAGUGACGUCACACCCCUGGCCCGGUACUCGGUCCAGAUGUCAAAGUAUAAAGAAAAGUGGCAGGGCGUGCCGAACUGCACGCUGAUCCAGGCCCCCCUCUGUGAACUCACCUGGCUUAUCGACGACUUCAUGGAGCCGUACCGGGUCAGAGUCCAAACCGUCACAGCCAACGGCGUCUCAGAAUGGGCGGUCCUUAGGAAGUUCCUCCCCAACGACAGUAACCUGCGCCCGCCCUCCUUCACCCUGCGGGCGUCCUCCCACUCUCUGAACGUGACGGUGGACGACAAGCCGCUCCUGAGGAAGAUCUCUCUGUUUGGGAUGACCUACACCAUGUUCCUGGAGGAGAGGGGCCGACCCAACGAGACGAGCAUGGCGUACCUGAAGGACGACACGGAGGGCCCUGAGGGGAGGAGCCACACCUUCCGGGCAUUGUACUGGGGGAGGGACUACUGCGUCCGGCUUCAGGUGGCGGGAAACACGGGCCUUCAGCGCAGUGACGUCUCCGCCCCGCAGUGUGUUCGUCUCCCCGUCCCAGAGUGGUACUACUACGCAGUGUCCUCCCUGUCCGUCCUGGCCGUGCUGGCCGGGCUCGCGGUCAUCAUGGUCGCCCUCUGCAGCUUCCUGAGGCAUCCAGAGAAGACGCCGCUGGCACUGGAACCCCCCGAGAAGAGCUGGUCUCCCCUCAGGGUGGGAGAGGGGCCCAUGGAGGUGGUCACCGACAAAGGCUGGCUGCUCUGCAUGCCCAAGACCCCCCUGGAGGGCUGGGGGGGCCCUGGGCCCCGGAGCCUGGAGGCCUUCAGACCGGAGACGGACUGGAAGAGCGAGAGUAGAACCAGCAUGGACAGCGGUGUGAGCGUGAGCUCCAACGGCGCCACGAAGACGGGAGGAAGUGAUGCGGUCCGACAGGAAGACAGCGGGUGGGUGAGCAGCGGCGGCUCCCGGGGCGCGGGGGCACCUCCCCCGCAGGUCUGGAGGAUUCACGCCCGCCCCGAAGAGGAGACGGAGGCCCCCGCUGCCUCUGGGCCGGGCCCCCAGCGACGGGGCUCCGGCAGCUCAGAGGGACCGGACGGCGGGUCUGGGCAGAGUGGUCCGGCCCCGGACCCGUACCGGCACCAGGCGGGUUCGGGGCCGCGGGGCGGGGGGGCGGCUCUGAAGGAGGCCGCCCCCACAGGCUACCAGAGGGGACAGACCCCCGCGCAGCCCUCUGGGUACCAGCCCGCCUUUCACACAAACUACCGGCGGAAAACGCACAUCAUGAUGGAGACGCUGGUGAGCGUGGAGGACUCUGAUUCGUCGUCGGAGCGGACGCGCACGGUGUUGGAUGAGGCGUCCCCCACGCUGUUCCUGCCCCUCACGUUCCUCCCCUCUGUGAGGGGGGGCCUGGCCCCCAUCUCUCUGGGUGACGUGGAGCUCUGGGGCGAGUGACCCCCCACUGGGGAGACAGCUUAAUGCGAUCGCUAUUUAAUUUAUUUAUUGGUUUAUUAAGCUCUUCCUGCUGGCUGCUGGGCUUGUUGUUUUAAACAGGCUGACUUCAGAGCAUAUGUAUAUGGACACGUGUAAGGGUUCGGCUAAAGUUGUGUUGUUCUGUGAUGAGUGCGCGCGUGUGUAUAGGUUUUGGAUAAAUGUCCGUUGUUCUGUGGUGUGUGCGUGUGAAGGUUAAGGUCUGGUUAAAGUUGUGUUGUUCUGUGAUGUGUGCGUGAGUAUGGGUUUUGGAUAACUGUCUGUUGUUCUGUGGUGUGUGUGUGUGUGUGUGAAGGGUGCAUUAGGAAAGGGAGACUGCCCCGUUGGUAUCAAAAAGAGGAGAUGCCCAUAAAGCAAAUGUUGGCUGUGAAGGGAAAGCCCAGGGAUAAAACUUACUUCUCCUAAAUUACGUUAUGUUGUUCGUUCUCGCGUUGAAAGACUUCCUCCUUUGAGUAUCAAUUUCUGACUCUUGAUUCAGUUUCGAUGUGGGGAAAACCUACAUUUCCGGAGAAACUUCUGGAAUAUAUUUAACUGAAUAGUCAUAGUGAACACAUAUGUGCUGUCAAAGCAGCCAUCAACAUAAUGUACAUCUCUAUUUAAUAAAGUUCGGACUGGGUGACUUUUACAUUCA